AUGUCAGGUGGCAGGUUUCCUCAACAUUUGCUUCUGGUUCUGGUUAUGGUGAUUUUGUUCGUUGUGCGUCAAACAGUUGCUGAUUCAAACAUUAUAACGUGCAUAGAGGAGGAGAGAGAAGCACUGCUUGCUUUGAAACAAGGCCUGGUAGAUGAACGUGGCUAUCUCUCUUCAUGGGGAAGUGAAGAUGUUAAAAAGAAUUGUUGUAACUGGAGAGGAGUUCAGUGCAACGACAGAACUGGCCAUAUAAACAAGCUUGAUCUUAAUAUGUGGUCCGAUCCCUCGCGUUUGAGAGGUACAAUUAGCUCUUCUCUGCUUAAAUUGCAUGAUUUAAGUUAUUUAGACUUCAGUUUCAAUGAUUUUGGUGGAAGUCGAAUCCCUAAGUUCAUUGGUUCCCUCAGCAAAUUGACUCACCUUAGUCUCUCUUCUAGUAAUUUUGGUGGACCAAUUCAUCGUCAGCUUGGAAAUCUUUCAAGUUUGCAAUUUCUGGACCUUGGCGAUAAUGAUGGUUUAUCUAGUAUUGGAAACCUUGAGUGGCUUUCUCACCUUUCUUCUUUGAGUUAUCUUGACCUGACUUAUAGCAACCUUAGUAAAUCCAGUGAUUGGUUUAAGGUAGUUAAGAAGCUCCCUUUCCUGAGAACCUUGAAUUUAAAUGUUUGUAAUCUUCCACCGAUCAUUUCUUCCCCUCUGUCACUUGUCAAUUCUACAUCUCUUCUGCACCUCGGUCUCGGUUUCAACGCUCUCACUUCCUCAAUGUAUCCCUGGUUGUUCAACUUUAGUAAUAAUCUUGAUUAUCUUGACCUUGGCUCCAACCAAUUACAAGGUUCCAUUCCUGACGCUUUUGGACACUUCACUUCGCUAACAGAGCUUGUUCUUGCUUAUAAUCACCUUGAAGGUGGAAUUCCAGAAUCCUUUGGGAAUAUGUGUCGCUUACUUUCAUUAGAUCUGGGUUCAGUGCCUGAUCUUUCAAGAUUUUCGUCCUUAAAAGUACUACAACUUGAUCAGAAUCUUUUGAAUGGGACCUUAACCAAUAGCAUUAGACUCAUGAACAAGCUUGAGGUUUUGCUGCUUGGUGAGAAUUCAUUGGAAGGGCCUCAUUUCCCAAAAUGGCUUCAAACUCAAAAACUUCUUGAUACUCUAGAUAUUUCCAAUGCUGGAAUCUCAGAUAUUUUACCUGAAUGGUUUUGGGAUCUAUCCUUUGAACUAAAUGAAUUAAAUCUCUCUCACAAUCAGAUCAAGGGUAAACUUCCAAAUUUAUCUAUGAAAUUUAAUUCUUCUUCAAUUUCGGGAAUAGAUUUUAGUUCAAAUCAUUUUGAGGGUCCAAUUCCAGCACUUCCUGCACAUAUAUCUUAUGUGGAUCUGUCCAAAAAUAAGUUUUCGGGAACGAUUUCUUCCUUAUGUUUAGCUAUUGAGAAUUUGGUUUACAUCGACAUCUCCAGUAACCUGCUAUCUGGAGGGGUUCCAAAUUGUUGGAAGCAAUCCAAUUACUUAAUGGUAGUUAAUUUUGCAAACAACAAUUUCUUUGAGAAAAUUCCAGACACGAUGGGCGCCCUAAGUAAUCUUCAAACAUUGAGUUUACGCAAUAAUAGCUUCUUUGGAUAA